AUGAGUGGAUUUAAGUGGGGAGUCGGCUCUGGUCAGCAGUAGUUCCAGUGGUUUAUAGGUAGAUAUAAAUAUACUGUAGAGAAAUUAACGUUUAUUUAAUUUAUGGGAAAGUAAAUUAGGGGCAGGAGGAAAGACUGAUUGACUGGAAAGAGGAAGAAGAAUCACAUUAAGAGACAAGACAGCAUCAUUAUUUCAUCCAUAGUUUUUUUUUUUUUCUUCGUCUGUUCAAUGGAUGGAAGAGGCAAGAGUUCAACAAAGGUUUCGGUGAUGAUUUUACUCAGAAUGCGUCUGACUGUUCCACUGCUGAUUAUGAUCUUCAGCUCAGGAGAUGGAGCUCAGUCUGAUUGGGGUGUGACUUACUACCCUGAAUCUAUAUGUGCUCUAAAGGGGUCUACAGUGAACAUGAGCUGCACUUACAAAUAUCCUACAUCUUCCACAAAUCCUUACAUCGUCCAAACUGCUUUCUGGACGAAGAACGACAGGCUAACUUCAGGAUUUUCAGAAUUUCCCAAUCUGUCAACUGAAUCAGAGUACAAAGGCAGGGUUCAGUAUUUUGGGAAUAACAUUAACUACAGCAUCCUCAGCCUGAGUAAUGUGACAGAAAACGACCAGAGAAAUUACUACUUCAGAUUUAUAACAAAUAAAGAAGGAGGAAAGUGGUGGGGUGCAGGUGGCAUUGCUCUUUCAGUCACAGGUCUGCAGGUGGAGGGUCCUGAGACAGUGAGAGAGGGAGGUAAAGUCACACUCACCUGUAAAACCACCUGCAACCUGACUAGCAAUUCAACGUACACCUGGUACAGAAAUGGACUGUACAUAGACUCCAGUACUAAACAGCUCUACCUGCAGUUGGUCAGCAGGGAGGAUGCAGGCAGGUAUAGCUGUGCUGUACUGGGUCAGGACCUUCGCUCUCCUGAGGUCACUCUUAAUGUCUUAUAUGGCCCAAAGAGCACCUCAGUGUCCAUCAGUCCCUCUGGUGAAAUAGUGGAGGGCAGUUCAGUGACUCUGAACUGCAGCAGUGAUGGAAACCCACCUGUACAAUAUACCUGGUAUAAAGGAUCAUCAUCAGUAGCAACAGGAAAGACCUUUACAAUGAACAACAUCAGCUCUGUGAACAGUGGAGAAUACAAGUGUAACUCUAGUAAUGACUAUGGACAGAUAUCCUCUGCUACUGUAACUCUGAAUGUUCUGUAUCCUCCAAAGAGCGUCUCAGUGUCCAUCAGUCCCUCUGGUGAAAUAGUGGAGGGCAGUUCAGUGACUCUGACCUGCAGCAGUGAUGGAAACCCACCUGUGGAAUAUACCUGGUAUAAGGGAUCAACAUUAGUAGCAGCAGGAAAGAACUUUACAAUAAACAACAUCAGCCCUGUUAACAGUGGAGAAUACAAGUGCAGAUCCAGUAAUAAACUUAAAGAUAUAAACUCUGAUAUUGUAACUCUGAAUGUUCUGUAUGGCCCAAAGAGCAUUUCAGUGUCCAUCAGUCCCUCUGGUAAAAUAGUGGAGGGCAGUUCAGUGACUCUGACCUGCAGCAGUGAUGGAAACCCACCUGUGGAAUAUUAUUGGUAUAAAGGAACAUCAUUAGUGACAAAAGGAGAAAACUUCACACUGAACAACAUCAGCUCUGUGAACAGUGGAGAAUACAAGUGUAGAUCCAGUAAUAAACAUGGAGAGAAAUACUCUGAUGCUGUAACUCUGAAUGUUCUGUAUCCUCCAAAGAACACAUCAGUGUCCAUCAGUCCCUCUGGUGAAAUAGUGGAGGGGAGUUCAGUGACUCUGACCUGCAGCAGUGAUGGAAACCCACCUGUACAGAAAUACACCUGGUUUAAAGAUGGUGGAAGCUCACCUGUAGGAUCUGGACACAGUUACAGCUUUACCUUGGACUCUGAAAGCAGUGGUCAGUACUACUGUGAGGCUCAGAAUGAACACGGAUCUAGAGGAUCAGAAGCAGUGCUGCUGAAUUUUAAAAGGAGUGUUACUCUGUAUGUGAUUGGUGGAGUCGUGGUCGGGUGUGUUGGGUUGAUCCUCGCUCUCGUCAUACUGUUUAUAAGGAGAAAGAGAAGAGGUCCUGUAGCUGAAGACCCCAAAACAAAAGAGGAAAGCAUCUACAACAAUGUUGCAGCCAAUCAAGAUGAUGGUCUUUAUGCCACAGUUGAACCCCCCAGACCAAUGAAUCCUAGGACCGAAAAACGCUCAGCAGUUUCCCAUGAGGAGGUUCAGUAUGGUAACAUCCAGCACUGCCAUCGUCAAGAUAUAAAGAUGACAGAAGAAGAUGAUGUUCAAUAUGCUAGUGUCAACUUUUCCCGUACUUCUCAAGACCACAGAAAUGCACCUGAGGAUUCCUCUGUGAUCUACAGUGGGGUAAAAUAAUCACCUAAAUUACUGUUCAUAAAUUACCUUGGUUAUAAUUGUUUGAGAAUUGGGGCUGUUUCUUUUAAUAAGCUUUUUAAAUAGGUGUAUCCACCCGCAUUUAAACAGUAUUAAUUAUAAAUACAUGAAAAGUGCCUACUAAUGGUGACAUUGGGAACUGCUAAUGUGGGCAAACAUGGGAGGUGGUACAGAAGCAACUAUAAAGACUUUCCUUUUUUUAAAUGCUAUUUCUUCUCUAAUGUUUUUUUUUUACAUUUUAGAUUUUGGAGAACAUGAGCUCAUUACUAUAAAUAGUUAUGAGUGUGUUUUGUGCCGUAUUUUGUUGUAAUGUAAAAUAUAACUGAUGAUUUUCAACUGUGGAGAUUUCUUAAAUAUAUCAAUAUA